CUUCCGGUCGUCAGCAGUCCGCCUUGGAUCCGUAACUGAAGAAGGGUUAAAGAUCCUGUGAGCACUACCACUCGGUAGGAGUUGUGAAUCAAUAGAAUGGAUAAAAUUUGCCGCAGCCAAUUGCCGGAUUCGUCGUCAUCUCCUCCGCUAAGUGGGCUAAAUUUCCAUAGCUUCGACGAGGAUCUAAUCUCGGAUUUGCCAUCGUGUGUUUAUGCUAAUCAUCAGCUGGGAGCAGCAACGGCGACAAAUGUCAAUUCCGCGAAUCUAAGGCUGAACAGCAACAGUCUGAGACAGAUCCAGCACCAGUAUUUGCAUCACACAGAUUGCUUGGAUUCACCCAGCUCGGCAAGCCCAUCUUUGUCAACAUCGCUCAACCACCCGUACAAUGCAGCUCCAUACAAAAUCCAACGUCAGCAAACCAACGUAAGAGAGCGUAAACGAGUCUUAAGAUCAGCACCAAAUGGUAGCAUUAACUCAGCAUUCGACGAGCUGCGCGUCCACGUGCCAACAUUCCCUUACGAAAAGCGCUUGAGCAAAAUCGACACUCUUCGGCUGGCAAUCGCGUACAUUGCCCUGUUGCGGGAGGUGCUCGAAGCGGACUACGAUCCAUUGACGUACGUCGAAAAAUGUCUCCGAGGAGAGAUCAAAGCCAAUCGGGCUGACUGGAAUACAAGUGAUUUAACAGCUCGCCUAUCGUGGAUCAAUUGGGAAAAUCUGGGGGUCCAUCCAGGUCGUCGUACCAUACUGACUUCUCUAGCCCUCGGAUCAACAGAAAGUAUGGGUUGCGGACCACCACCACAUCUAAUUUAAAUCAUAUUCCUUAUAUUGUGAUUGUGCCAUAAUUGCACGCACACGUCAAUAAUUUCGUGCAGUUCAAUUCAAAUUCCAAAAUAUUGUUUAAUCUAGUGUUUAAUGUGGUAUUUAAAACUGAGCUGGUGAUUGAGAAAAAUAUAAAUUUAGAAAAUAUCACGCACCGAGCGGAAAGUAUUAGGCGAAGCGUGGAAUUAUGGCACUUCAUGGAAAUAUGUAUUGGAAUACGUGGCUUCGUCUUCCCAUCAACAGUAUUCUAGUCAGUUGCAUUCAUUUGUGAUAUAAGUUUAUUUUAGUGCUGAUAUUUUUUUAAACUUACCAUUGAUAAUUUUGUUAUGAGGUGUAAUCUAUUGUGC